UGGUUGGGCCACGGACAAGUAUAAGUAAGGGCCUUGAUCACUUCCAUUCAACAGGUUCAUUCUCCAGUCAGCAGCAGCAGCAGCAGCAAUUGCAACUCAGCUCAUCUAGACUGCCAUCAACUUGCUCCUCAGAGCACCCGCGUCAUCUCGUCUACUCGCCAUCUUCUCGACAAUCAACAUGGAGUUGACCAAGUUCCUUGCCGUCAUGGCAGCCGUCCUGCCUGUUGCCUACGGUGCCCCCGUUGAGGCGGCUAACCAGCUUCACCCCGAGAUCCUGGCUGCUAUGAAGCGUGAUCUUGGCCUUGACGCUGAGCAGGCAACUGCCCGCGUUGCCCGCGAGCUUGCGGCCACCGACGUCAUCGAGAACGCGCGCCGCUCGACCGGCGACGACUUUGCUGGUGCCUGGGUUGCCCGCGACGGCGCUGCCAUCCACGUUGCUAUCACCAACGAGGCCCGCGCCGCCGAGGUCGAAGCUGCUGGUGCGACGCCCGUCUUCGUGCGCAACAGCCUGACCAAGCUCGAGCAGGCCAAGCUGGCUCUCGACGGCAUCGACAUUGACCAGGUCCAGACCCUGGACUCGACUGCCGAGGCUGUUGGCGUUGCUGCCUACUUUGUCGAUGUGGCUUCCAACAAGCUCGUCAUCGAGGCUCUCCCCGGCAGUGUUGCCCACGCCGAGGGGCUCGCUGCCCAGGUCGGCCUUGCCGAUGGCGAGUUCGAGGUUGUCACCGUCCAGGAGAUGCCCACCACCCUUGCACUCAUCCGCGGCGGUGACCCCUACUACAUCAACCGCUCUGCCCGCUGCUCCGUUGGCUUCGCCGUCACCACCGGCUUCGUCUCGGCCGGCCACUGCGGCACUAGUGGCUCCUCGGCCACCACCAGCGCCGGUGCUGCCCUCGGCACCUUCUCUGGCUCUGUGUUCCCCGGCAGCGCCGACAUGAGCUACAUCCGCGCUGCCAGCGGCAGCACCUACACCAAUGCCAUUGCUGGCGCCAGCGCCCGCAUUACCGGCAGCACCGUCACCGCCGUCGGUGGCUCCAUCUGCCGCUCUGGCUCGACCACUGGUGUCUUCUGCGGCUCCGUCCGUGCUCUGGGCGCUACUGUCAACUACGCUGAGGGCCGUGUUACUGGUCUCACCCAGACCAACGUCUGCGCCGAGCCCGGUGACUCUGGCGGCUCCUUCUACUCUGGUGCCCAGGCUCAGGGUGUCACCUCUGGUGGCUCUGGCAACUGCAACAGCGGCGGCACCACCUACUUCCAGCCCGUCAACGAGAUUCUCUCCACCUAUGGCCUCACUCUGGUCCGCAGCUAAAUGUUGCAGCACUGCUGGAUCCGUUUACAAUGACAAAACCGGGCCGACCUUGGAUGAUCUAGGUCUGGUUGGCAAGUGGAAGCCGGGAGGACGGGAGCUUUUAUCAUUCUUGCAGAUUAGUUCUUGACAGGUAUAUAUUUCCAUUAUGUCAAUACGAGAGGUUUUUUAUGCA